UGCCAUAUUACGUUGUUAUGGUGACGGGAAAUAAUCGAUAAGAGGUUUUAACAGCUUUGAUCGAAUAACACAUUACUUAUAUACAUGCGUAUGUGCUGUUUGUUUACUGGGUUCAUCGUCCCAUCAACAACCAGGGCCAUUUUUAGACGAGAUGCCCUUGCAGUAGUUGGUUCGUCAUAUGGCACCCAGAGGAAUUAGGGUAAAGUGUCUUUCCCAUGGACACAACAACAAACCUAUGACAGAAAACGUUGAUUAAGGUGGAGCUUCAAUAAAACAAAGAUUGUCCUCAACAUUGAAUUCGGAUCUGUACUUGUCAUAGUGUGAUACAAAUACAUCGAUAUGGGGAAAGCUGGAGAGUUUCUACUGUUGACAUGGAAAAACUGGACAAUACAGAAGCGCAAAAAAGCCGUGACGGUAUUUGAAAUUCUUCUACCUGUCGGAUUCGCCGCUCUGCUGGUGGUGAUUCGUUCUAUAGUGAAGGUGGAAGCCAUAAACACCAGUACAAUAUGGCCAUCGUUUCCUUUGGUCGAAAAUGUUACCAAUAUGGCGCCACCAGGGAAAACGGAAAUCCUCUUCGCACCAAACCAAACUGCUAUUAUAGAUCUGAUGGGAAAUUUGUCUCAGCUAGUCGGACCCAAGUUCACUGUGCGAGGUUAUCUAUCGGCUGAAGAGCUACAUGACUAUCAUGCGAAAAAUGGCAAGUCAGUCUGGGCCGCGGUGGCGUUUGACGAGUCUGCAGAUUAUCGGACAUCUCUCCCCCAAAACGUGCUGUAUGACCUGAGCGUGUCGAGACUCAAAGAUGGAGACAGGUGGCGUACAGCUAACACGUAUCCGUUUUUUCGGACUCCUUGGUUCCGCAACGAAGACGCUAACGGAGGAGAACCGAACUAUCAGGAUACCGGCUUCCUGCUACUACAGUAUCUGGUGGACAGGGUCAUAAUAGACCAUCAUGCCCCGGGAAACGAUCUGCCAACCUAUGACCUUAAGAUGCAGAGGAUGCCUUUCCCUCCUGUUGUUAAAGACUUCCUCCUGCCAACACUACAGACCAACCUUCCACUCUUCCUCAUGCUGGGAUUCAUUCUCUCCUCCCUACAGACCAUCAAGAACAUCCUGUAUGAAAAAGAACGAAGACUCAAGGAAGCGAUGAAACUGAUGGGUCUUAGCUCAACUGUCUACUGGCUGUCUUGGUUUUUCAAAGCUUUCGUCUACCUUGCCAUCGCUUGUGCCAUAUACACGAUUUUGUUUGCCGUCAAAAUUGGAGAUAAGGGAAGUGUCCUCAACAACUCCGAUCCAUCCCUGGUGUUCGUAUUCCUCAUCUGUUACAGCUCCUCCAUCAUCUCGUUCUGCUUCAUGAUGAGCACAUUCUUCAACAAAGCCAACACGGGAGCUAACGCGGGAGGAAUACUAUAUUUCCUUCUGUACUUCCCGUACUUCUUCCUCACCAACUAUUACGAGACUAUGACUCGCGGUGAGAAGAUGGCAACUUGUCUGAUAUUCAACACCGGAAUGGCGCUGGGAGUCAACACCAUCGGAAUAUACGAGGGAACAGGUGAUGGUGCGCGGUGGACCAACUUCCAUCAGCCCGCUACCGUGGACGAUAACUUUUCUCUUCUGGAUGCCAUGAUCAUGUUACUUGUGGAUACUGCCCUGUACUUACUGGUUACGUGGUACGUGGACAAUGUCCACCCCGGGGAGUACGGGGUACCCAAGCCUUGGUACUUCCCUGUUUCCAAGACGUACUGGUGUGGUGUAAUGCCUACAGCAGAUAACUAUAACCACGAGGAACCCCCAUCUGUCACCAACCCAGAAAAAUUCGAGCGGGAUCCAACUGAUUUACGUGUCGGCAUCAAGAUCAGCAACCUGAGAAAGGUGUUUGGUUCUGGGACGGGAAAGAAGGUUGCAGUUGCCAAUACUACUCUUAAUAUGUACGAUGGUCAGAUCACAGCCCUUCUGGGACACAAUGGAGCAGGGAAGACUACCACCAUGUCUAUGUUGACAGGUUUCAUACCAGCAACUAAUGGGACAGCGACUGUGAAUGGUUACGAUAUAUGUACAGAUAUCCAGCACGUGAGACAAAGUCUAGGCAUGUGUCCGCAACACAAUAUCCUGUUUGACACCUUGACAGUCCAGGAACAUUUAGAAUUCUUCGCUAAGUUAAAAGGAUGCGAGUCAAGUAUGGUUAGGCAGGAGGUUGAUGAAAUGAUUAAGAUACUCGAGCUAGAACCAAAAAGAGACAGUUUCUCUGUUACCCUUUCUGGAGGCCAAAAGCGGAAGUUAUCCGUUGGGAUUGCUCUGAUUUCCGGUUCAAAGGUGGUCAUCCUAGAUGAGCCCACUUCUGGUAUGGACCCGGCCGCUAGGCGACAGAUCUGGGACAUCCUACAGAAAUUCCGCCAUGGCAGGACGAUUGUUCUAAGUACUCACUUCAUGGAUGAAGCCGACCUCCUGGGUGACAGAAUCGCUAUUAUGGCAGACGGCGUUGUCAAGUGUUGUGGCUCCUCGCUGUUUCUGAAGAAACUCUACGGCGCAGGGUAUCAUCUUGUGGUGGUUAAGACGAAAGACUGUGACGUGGGCAAACUGACAAGUACUAUCCAGACUUUAAUCCCAGCUGCCACACUUGAGAGUCAUAUUAGCGCUGAGCUGUCUUAUCUUCUCCCCUUCGACCAGUCAGCAAAGUUUGAAGAAUUGUUUGAGGACAUAGAAAAAAAAUCUGUAGAACUAGGAAUAUCCAGUUUUGGUACAUCGGCAACGACCAUGGAAGAAGUGUUUCUCAAAGUCGGAGAGAGUGCCGAGCAGGACGAGGAUGGCAAUUCUACAGAGGCAUCGCCACUGCCGAACGGCGUGAUGAAUCCAAGUUUUGAUUUCAAGGUUGCAGAGAAUGGGUACAGUAGCGCGAAACAGAUGGUAGUGUCAGCAGGCGCAGAUAAUCUCAAGAGCAUGCCUACAGACAACGGUCCAAGUGUCGACAGAUUUGUAGAAUUAAACCUGAAUUUGAUGAAGAACACUGGUGUAUUGCUGUCUGCGCAACAAUUUUAUGGCAUGUUUGUGAAAAAGGCGAUUCAUUUUUGGCGAAAUCGGAUAGUGACUCUAGUCCAGUUGCUGAUUCCUGUGGCUUUCACAAUCAUGGCUCUAACUGUGGCAGAGACCGUCCCUAAACCCGGGAAAGAACCUUCGUUACCACUAAACCUGAUAGCAUUUGGCUCCAGUAGUGUUACACCAUACCGUUCUGAUAUCGCAACUUCGAACAUAUCCGCUGUGUAUAAAGCUUCUUUCACUGGAUAUCAAACUAAAGAGUUUGUAUCAACUAGCAAUUUCAUUGACGCGUUACUGGUUGACGCAAAGGAUAUUGGAACGGCAACAUUCAACAAAAGGUACAUCGUAGGUGCAGAUUUCACUUACUUUGUGUCAAAUUCAACACUGGAAGUUACCUCGUUCUUCAAUGGAGAGCCCUUUCACAGUCCGGCGAUCACAGUAGCCUACACAAUGAAUGCAAUUCUACAAUUUUUCACUGACGGCCAACACUCCAUCACGACCAACAACGCGCCAUUCGAGGAGACGCUAGAUGCAAACAGUCGAGCAGUGGCCGGUGCUACGCUGGGUACUGGUUUCACGGUCGCCUUUACUAUUUUGUUCGGAAUGGCGUUUCUGUCCACCAGCUUCAUUAUCUUUCUCAUUAAAGAGCGAGCAAAUGGCGCGAAACAUCUUCAGAAGGUUAGUGGCGUCAGUAACAUCGCCUACUGGGCUUCUAGCUUUUCGUGGGACAUCAUUAAUUACCUCCUUCCCGUUCUAUGCAUUAUGGCGGUGUUCGCUGCGUUUGGAACUGAAGCUUACUCCAACGGUGGCCGCCUUGGUUACGUAUUUAUACUUUUCUUCAUCUAUGGAACCGCGUGUCUUCCAUUUGUCUACCUGUUACAUUACCUGUUCGAUGUGCCUGCAACAGGGAUGGUGGUUGUUACCAUGCUUAACAUCGUCACAGGUCUCGCUACUACUAUGGCGGUGUUCGUUCUCCGUUUCCCAUUUCUUGGAACACUUGACGUGUCGAACGCAUUAGACUGGGCGUUCAGUUCGGUCAUUCCACACUACUGCCUUGGUCUCGGCCUUAUGAAUAUUUAUACAAACUACGAGUACAUUAAAACAUGUAACAGCAUCGACUACAAAUUAACUUGUCUCAUACCAAAACUCAACGAGAAUCCUUGUUGUAUAGAUACCUGCGGUGACAAUUGUUUCGCGUUCACGGAAGAAUAUCUUUCUUGGGAGUCACCCGGCAUUGGGAAGUACCUAAUCUUUAUGGUCAUACAGACAGUCGUUUACUUUUUCCUUAUCUUCCUCGUGGAAAGCGGCCUCCUCAAUCAACUCUUCUACUUCUUGACGUGUAAGACGGACAAUUCUGUGGGUAGCUCUAUGGUGGCUUUGGAGGAACAGGAUUAUGGGGAGGGCGAAGAGGACAAUGACGUCAGAGAUGAGAGAAGGCGUAUCAAUAAUACAUCAUUAGAUAACUUAAUGAAAAGUGAUUCCCUAAUAAUUAAGAACUUGUCCCGGACUUAUGGAAAUCUGAAGGCGGUACGAAAUAUCUCAGUUGGAGUAUCACCUCAAGAAUGUUUCGGACUUUUGGGACAAAAUGGCGCUGGGAAAACCUCCACAUUUAAAAUGUUGACAGGAGAUCAAAUAGUGUCAAGUGGUAAUGCAUAUGUCAACAGCUACAGCAUACAGUCCGAUAUACGCAGAGUCCAGCAGAAUCUCGGUUACUGUCCGCAGUUUGACGCUCUUAUUGACCAGAUGACUGGUCGGGAGACUUUGACCAUGUAUGCCAGAUUAAGAGGUGUUGAGGAACAUCAGAUUAAGGCAGUAGUUAAUGAACUAUUGGAUAUCAUGACAUUGCGGCAGUACGCGGACAAGAACUGUGCUUUUUACAGCGGAGGUAAUAAGCGGAAGCUGAGUACAGCUAUGGCUCUAAUAGGAGACCCACCUUUCGUAUUAUUGGACGAGCCCACCACGGGUAUGGAUCCUGGUGCCCGCAGAACCCUGUGGAAUGUACUGUCCAAGAUCAGAGCUAGCGGUCGUACGUUGGUCCUAACGUCUCACAGUAUGGAGGAAUGCGACGCACUUUGCACGAAAAUUGUAAUAAUGGUCAACGGUAAGUUUGUCUGUUUGGGAAGUCCACAGCAUCUCAAAAACAAAUUCGGACAUGGCUAUACUCUUAUAGUACGACUCGGCUCUGGCGAUGAUGGAAAGGCAGUCAGUGGUGAUGGAUUGAAGAAUUAUAUCAUCCAGACAUUUCAAAAUGCCAAUAUAUUUGACGGUCACCAAGGAUACCUCCAUUUUCAAAUUCCGGAUGCGGAUGUUCCAUUAGCCCGUGUUUUUGGCGCAAUGGAGCGCGCAAAAACACAGUUUAACAUUGAAGAUUAUUCAGUUCACCAAACAACCCUUGAACAAGUAUUCCUCACUUUCACGAGACACCAGACACCCCCAAAAGAAAAGAAAAAACAGAAAAAGUGUUUUUGCUGUUAGAUGUGGAUGAAAUCAUUAGUAUUUUUAGACAUUUUUGAUGAAAAAGAUUCCUUUCAAACAAAACAAAAAAUCAUUAUCUAAGUGGCAAAACGAUGACGUCACUGCAAGAAAGACAAUUUUCUAUUGUCAGGAAAGGUCAUGUUAAUGUAGUAUUGUUACCUAUGCCUCUACAAGGACCUAUGCUAUUUAUUUCUCCUGUAAUGUCUUCAUCUGUUCCCUUUCACACUCACCACGUUAAGAACCGGGUGUGGUUUAAUGUUGUUAGUUAAUAUCUUUAACAGAAAAUGGAAGGGCCAUGGUCUUGCAAGUUCAAACAUUUAAAUCUUAAGCCUUGAUGUUAGAUACCAUUUGAAAUGGAGCCUCUGUAUUACGAACAAUAAUUUACAACUCUUGCUGAAAUAUUUCAACCCAUUUUUUUAAAAUUUGUUUUAAUAGUGUUUUUUCAAUUAUUGUGACAAACUUACAAUAGUGUUAUAGAGACCCGAUUCCAACGGGACUUUCUUUUCACCGCAUUACAAAUAUCUGUUUCGUUAGUCAGGUAUAACACCGGAUCUCCAGGAGUUUACAGUUCUAUUUUACCUGUUGUCGUCACCAUAUUGAAGUGUUGUGGUAUUGUUUAUGAUCAAAUCCAUAAAAAUAAGUUUUUGUGUACUGUCUAUAUGCUAUUAUUCGUCCGUUUUUAUCUUCUACAGGUGAAUACCAGAAUCAAUGUUAUCAUUAAUGUAGUCCAAAAUUUAUUGUGAUUGGGUAUCCAAUAGGGAUAACAUCAGUCAACAUAAAAUGUAAUAUACAGGACAAUUGCUGAUAACAAACAAAUUAUUAUCAUAAUCGAAGGGUAUCCAUGUUUAUCUGAAAUAUAGUUUAUUGUGUAAACAUUAGGUAUCAGGAAAGACAUAUAUUUAAAUAAUCAACGCUAAGAAGGUAAACUCACCACAAAACCUCGUACUAAUUUGAUAUAAAAGGCCGGAAGUAAAUUUUUAGUUAAUCACUCUCUUACCCGAUUAAUGUUUUACAAUAAGUAUAUCAUGAGACAAAAUAAUAUGUGAUACCCACGUAUUCAUCUUUAUUUCUCUGUCAAUUAUAUAUAUUAUAUAUACGAUCUCGUUACGGAACAAAACAAGAAUGUGAUAUUGCCCAACUAGAGGGCUUAAUCACAUUGGUAUUAUAUUUGUCUAGGCCCGAAAUAUCUCGCUUAUUGUGUCAUUGUGUCAAACGCGUGACAAUUAAUCCUUAUGCUUACUUUCGUUAUAUGGUGCUUGUUUAUGAAUUUUGUUUGUAACUGUUAUGAAAUCUGUUUUUAUUGACUUGUACUGUAGAUAUUCUGUGUAGAUAUAAUUGUACCUCUCUGUGAUGCAUUGUAAAAUGUGCUUUGACAAUCAAGAAAACUUGCUUUGUUUCAGAAAUAAACAAACAAAAAGAAAUA